AUGAGAGCUGCUAGUGUGCUACUCAAGCGUUCAGCAUGGAAAGGUCCACAUGUUGUUCCAUUACCAAUAGGACAUGCAUUGAAAACUGGUACACCAAUUAGAACAAAUGCAAGAUCUUGUACAAUAUUACCUCAAUUUGUUGGAUUAAAAUUUCAAGUUCAUAAUGGUAAAGAAUAUGUUCAAUUUGAAGUUAUUGAUGAUAUGGUUGGUUCAAAAUUAGGUGAAUUUGCACCAACAAGAAAAGCUUUCAGAUAUACACAAACUAAAAACAAGUGA